GGAAAGUUGCACCCGUGGAAAGUUACUGGCUGUGGUAAUGUCUGAGCAUCAACAAAUACAAGUGAGAUCACCCAUUAUUUGCCCUAUCACCAAGCACAUCAGCUCAGCACAGCCUACCCUCCAUUGUGUGCAAGUUAAUCUUCUGCAUGUGGCUGUGUGAUUCACCCGACGGUAUAUGAGAGCCUGCAGUGUGGGCACCUUCUGCAAUUCCGAAGUGGGAGAGAAGAUGGCAUUGAGGUUUGAAGCAUCGUGUCCACAGGGGAUCUGUCCUGGAUGGAGUGUGAUUGUAAAGGGCGAGACGAGCUCCAGUGAAAAUGACUUUGAAAUCAACUUCCUCACCGAUUCAGGAGACCAGAUCGCUUUCCAUUUCAAUCCUCGUUUUGCAGAGGGCACCGUCAUCUGCAACUCCUUUUUGUCAAGUCACUGGGGACAGGAGGAACGAACCGACACUUUCCCUUUGGAAGCUAAUGAGCCUUUCCAGAUUGAAAUCUACUCAGACAGGGAACAUUUCCAGGUGUUCAUAGAUGACAGCAAGAUCAUUCAGUAUCGUCACCGAGUGAAGCACUUCUCUGGCAUAACCAAACUGCAGAUCCUGAAUGACAUUAACAUUUCCGCUGUGGAGAUCUCUAGGCGUGACAUGUAUGAGUAG